AUGGUGGGAACCUCCGGUCUCGCCGGGGCGCCAGCCCUGGCCGUAGCCGAGACGGCGGAGGAGGGCAUGACAUCGGAGCGAAUAACGCUGGUCGACGGAACCUCGGUUGAGAUCCUCCGCAGCCCCAAGAUGACGGAUGUGCAGUGGCAAGAGACGAAGACGUACUUGCAGAAUAAUCCGUCAGAGACAAAAAAGCUUAUAGAGCACUCCACGAACCCUGAUCGUAUUCGAAAGCAGAAGAUGAUGCGAGCGAUCGCAGACGUCUGGCAAGGUCAGAUUGAUGACAGCAACCAGGACUUUGCCAAGAGGAUGAAAGAUUUGGAGCAGGAGCCCGAGUUCGAGGAGCUGUUCAAAGCUGUGAAGGACUAUCAGGUUCAGCAGAUCCGACAGUAUCUGGAUGACAGCGAGCUCAUGCAGAAAAUUAGCGCCAAGAUGGGAGGUCCCAGAGCAGGCGAAGCCGCACUUGGAGAGUCUGCGCAAGACGCCGCCGGGGAGCCUGGAUACCGGAUAAUCCUCCCCGCCUUUUUUGUUGAUCAGAACCGGUCGAGGAUGCUGGAAAGCCUCCAUAGCUCACUCUGCAGGAGGCUGGUCUGCCCUGGAGCCGUCAUGGAUCGUGAGCUGUCUUCAAAGCCCAUGAGCUUUCCGGAGAUCUGCUCUUUGCAACUGCGAUUGGUCGUCGGUUAUGCUGUGGGUGCUGACCGCAUGCCGAUUACCCAACUCUUAGUCGAGGCGGGAAGGGACCUCAACUGCGUGGACAAGGCGGAAAACAGCAGCCUUCACUAUGCUGCGGGCUAUGGCCGCCAGGAGAUUCUGGAAUACCUUCUGAGCCAGAAGGCCAACGUCAACAAAGAGAAUAGCAGCCGGAGGCUCAUUCGCCAAUCGAGCUGGAACCUGGACCUCAGACCCGCAAUCUCUUCGGCCAGCUCAGAUAUCAACUUAGGAGACUGCAAGUAG